GUUGCAAAGCAUAUUUGCUAUCAGUGGUGCCAUCACCUCGCACCUAUAAACAUGACAGCGCAUGACAGCUGGUACAAUCAAGUCCUGAAGGGUUGGGUGUCCGUAGUACAGGUUGAAAGAGGAUGGAUGUGGUGUCAGAAUAAAUUGUUAGCUGGAUAGUCCUAUGGGGUUUGUGUGGUAGCAGCAGGGUCAGGAAGGGGUGAGUGAGAGUGGCAUCUUGGGGCAGAGGAAGGCAAAGAGAGGAGGAAGAACAGCAGCAAAGUGGUUGCAGAGCUGUCCCAGGCAGCCAGACCUCCUUUGGCCGGGAGGUCUGUCCUGUCAGGGUGCAUGGCUGCAACCACAGACAGUUUUAUUUGUUAAUGUGAACCAGUGGAAAGGUAGCUGUCUGCAUAUUUCUUCAUGGUGUGGGCUGCAACCUAAAACAAAUGCAUAAAAAAUUUCAAGUGAAACAACCACUGUGAAAGUUGUAAUACUAUAUUUCUGUAGUGCUUUGUGGUCUGAUGGUGUGUGGCACUGACAAAGCAAAUUAUAUGCCAGUGGGUGCCAGGUUAAUCUGAGCAUCUUUGGUACUAACUUAGGUGAUUUUGCUCUAAUUUUCCCUUUUGCUGACACUUCGCUGUAGCGAAAAGCCAUGCCAGAGCUUUGUGCAAGUCAGGCAGAGCUUUGGCCCUGGGUCCUUGAUUUUUAGAAUGGGAGCAAAGGUCCUAAAGAGUAUGAAACUUCCACUUGGUUGAUCAAACUGGUCCUCACAAAGUGCUGACACCAGUGCCUCAUAGGAGGGUAGAUGAAACGGGCAGACCAUAGACGUUUCUAAUAUCAGGAAUCUUGGGAGGUUUCUUUGAAGACAACUUCUGCUGGAAGAAUGGCAUCAUCUUCUCUACAGAUCUGUGCAUUGCUGCUGACUUUAGCAGGAUUCACCACUUUACUUGUUACUACCAUGUCCAACAGAUGGAAAGUUUUGGACACUGCGACAGAGCUGGUCACUGCAGACUGGGUUUCUGAAGGUCUUUGGAUGGACUGUGCAGCAACUGCUCUUGGAUCAGUAGAGUGCAAGAAAUUUCUGUACAUGUUGAGUUCAGACACUCAUAUUCAGGCAUGCCGUGCCUUGAUGAUUACUUCCAUCCUUCUGGGAUUCCUAGCUACAGUAGUCUCACUCUUUGGUUUGAAGUGCACAAACAUUGGGUUGAGCGAUGAGGAUGGAAAAAUGAAGUUUGCUGUCACAGGAGGAUUUCUUUUCAUUUUAGGAGGUCUCUGCUCCAUGGUGGCUGUUUCUUGGUAUGCUGCAAUCAUUACUGCUCAGUUUUUUGACCCACUGUAUGCUGGAACCAAGUAUGAACUGGGAGAAGCUCUAUACUUAGGCUGGACUGGUUCUAUUCUUUAUAUCCUUGGUGGGAUCUUACUGACCUGUUCAUGCAAAGGGAAGGAAAAACAGAAUUACAGAACCAACAAAUACGGAUAUUCAGCAGGCCAGGCAGCUCCUCAGCCACACAUGUAUUCCAGGAACACUGAGACGAUCAUAAGCAACAAGGAGUAUGUCUAAACUUCCAUUUUGCAUCACCUGUAACAUUAGUAGGUUAUGAACUCAAAUAAAGAAGUGAACUACUUCCAGGGUUCCGGUUCCAAGUUGCAAUCUUAUCCCUUAAUUUGGAGCAGUACAGGAGGAGGAGUGCUUUCCAAUGUAAAUAGGAAUGGUUUUCAGAUGUAAAUAGCUUUCUACAGAAGAUGUGAAGUGAAAUCCUGCCACAAGAAGGUUUUCUUCGUGCUGACAAGGCUGGUAAAAUUUAACCAGAGCGCAGUAUAUGCUGACACUUGAGAGCAACAGUUUCCAUUUCAGCUGACUCAAACAUGUGGAACUGAGAGCUGUGUUUGACUGCGAGUGCAUGUGCCUCACAGUUAAAAACGUAUUGUGUUUUCAUUAAUGUUUAGCUUCCUACUUUUGUUUAGCAGCUUUAGCUUUUUGACAGGAAAUAAACUUUAUUCCAUGGAUUGACUGGAACAGA